UCAGCUCAGCAGGUAAAGCUGAGCAUCACAGUGAGUUCUCAUUCAACAGGUCAAAGAGGGAAGAAGAAAUGUCCUGCCUGAAGAAUUUCACUGUUGUCAUCUCAUGUGUGCUCCUCUUCAUCAUCCAGCCAGGUCGUGGUUCUGAGAUUAUUAACGGGAAAGAAGUCGAGCCACACUCACUGCCUUUCAUGGCUUAUGUGACAAGUCCAGAUUCUUUCUGUGGGGGGACAUUGAUCCAUCCACAGUGGGUCCUGACAGCUGCCCACUGCACUGGCAUUAAUAAGGUGACGUUGGGAGCACACUCAAUCAAGAAACGGGAAGAAAAUUCUAAACAGAUCCGAGACGUUGUGACACACGUUCCUCAUCCCGACUACACCAGUGUAGUUCUGGGCAACGACCUCAUGUUGCUCAAGCUCGACAAACCAGCGAAGAAAACCAGGGCAGUCAAAUGUCUCAAGUUACGAGCAGCCAAAGACCCGGCAGCUGGCAGCACGUGUCUGGUGGCCGGAUGGGGAAUAACUGAAAACAACCAAACAUCAGACGUCCUCAUGUCUGUCAAUGUGACUGUGGUGGACAGACAGACGUGCAACUCUCGUGAUUAUUACAACCACAGACCUGAGAUCACCAGAGACAUGAUAUGUGCUGGUUCAGAUGGUACAAACGUCGCUGAUACCUGUCAGGGGGAUUCAGGAGGGCCGCUGUUGUGCGAUGGAGCGCUGGUUGGAGUCACUUCUUUUGGAGCAGGUUGUGGUGUCAUUAAAAAACCUGGAAUCUACUCGUUUGUCUCAAGGAAACAACGAAAGUGGAUCAAGGAAACAUUAAAGUCAGCUUAAAUGUCAUGAAAGCACAGGCAAGAAUCUCUACGAGCAAGAUGAGAACCUUUGAUGGUUUCAUGUUAAAUCUCUCGGUGCUGUAGACCUUUAUCCAUUUUAUCUUUUCUCAUUUUUCAGUUUGUGCUAGCUUGCUCACAUUCUGCACAUAGCGGUCCUGUCAUGGUCCUCCUUUCCACUGCAGGAAAGGCGGGAACAUUAACUGGACUGACCUGAACACGUUUUUUUAGCCAUUCAGUAUAAAAAAGGCACAGCCACUGUGAUGGUUUAGGGAUGACUGUUGUUCUUUUUAGCUAAAAUAACGAUUUGUCCUGAUACAUUUUCUAUUUUUUCUACUUUCUAAUAAAGCUCGUGGCUCUUCUUUUA